AUGGCAGUAGGUGCUUUGAAGUCCGGGCAGUCAACGCCGAGAAAGGCUCAGCAUCUUUGUGUUUUGACUCAUCUCAACUACCUCGCGCAGGCUUUACGAGAGAAACAUAACGACGAACAGCUCAUAAUACUAGCCUGCCGAUCUAAUCCAGGCUCCUUGACCUACGAUGGCGUUGAAGUCGGUGCUGAACGAGUGGCUAAAGAGAUCGAAGACAUGCUAGAGGAGCUAGAGAGAGAUGGCUACAAGAUCACGCGUUUCUCCAUCGUCGGGUACUCACUGGGAGGCCUGGUGGCACGCUAUGCUAUUGGAUUGCUGUACCAUAAGGGGUAUUUCGACAAGAUGGCUCCUAUCAAUUUUACCACAUUUGUCACUCCGCAUUUGGGGGUCCGCACACCUUUGAGAGGGUAUCAGAAUCACCUUUGGAACGUUCUAGGAGCAAGGGCCUUAUCCAAGAGUGGCAGACAGCUGUUCAUGAUCGAUAACUUUCGCGGUACCGACAGACCCCUCCUCAGUGUUCUCGCCGAUCCAGAUAGCAUAUUCAUUGCAGCCCUGCGCCAAUUUCAGCGACGUUCCCUUUACACCAACAUCGUCAAUGAUAGGUCGGCUGUCUACUAUACGACAGGCAUAUCGAAAACCGAUCCUUACACUGACCUUCAGAAACUCAACCUUCAUUACCUGAAAGACUAUGAGCCUGUCAUACUGAACCCUGAUCGGCCUGUGGAAACUGUGCCCGAGGAUCAGUUACCUACAUUCUAUCAACGCAUCCGCACCAGCGGCCGAACAGUCUUGCGCCGUACGCCGAUAUUUUUGGCUCUGGUUGUGCUGAUUCCCAUAGCCACUGUGGCCUUCCUCGUGAAUUCAUGUGUUCAGACCUUUCGCAGCCGCCGCCGUAUUCGAUUGCACGAGACAGAUGAGCAAGGAGCAGGAUUCGGCAAAUACAACAUCCCCUGGAUGGUGCGGGAGAUGCGUGUGGGUCUUGAGGAUGCAUUCGAAAAUGUUAAUGCUGCACAACAGCAGGACUAUCUUCCCCAAGGAUCAGAGGAGAUUGCCACAAUGCCAGCUUCGCCGUCCAUGUCCACUUUCACAAACACGUCGGCCGAAUCGUUGGGGAAUGAAAAAGCGGACAAGACUAUGCUACAAAAUAAGUCUUCAUCGACCGAUAGAGCCCCAGAUUUCCCCACUUUAGCUCUGACUCCAGCUCAGUUUGCUGCAAUCAACGCUCUUAAUGAUGUAGGAUUUCGAAAGUACCCCGUGUACAUCCACAAAAGCAGCCAUAGCCACGCAGCCAUCAUUGUGCGGACACCCAGAACUGCGUUUGAGGAAGGUAAAGUGGUUGUCAAACAUUGGUUGGAGAACGAGUUCCAAAUUUGA